AUGUCGCCUGCAAAGUGCAAGGUAAGCACCACCAGCCCAGGCAGAGUGGAUACGGUGAGGGCCGAAAGGCCACCAAAGGGGAGGGUAUGCAAUGUCAUCCGCAAAUUCAAAAGAGCAUCCUGUCUGUGCGAACCAGACGUCGUACCUUCAGAAAUUGACCUCAACAACCAGGUCAACGGAGGACCGGUCGCAGGACCCACUGCGAGCGUCAAGGUUUUGGCACAUACCAAUCCCAAGGUCGAGAUUCACGAGGACCAUGUGAAUCAAGACGUAAAUGAACUGAAGGAGGAGGUGGCUAUCGAGACCAAGCCACCCUCCAAGAAGAGUGCUAAGAGGGCUGAGAAGAAAGCUGCUAAGCAACUUGCUCAGCAGAAGGAGAAGGAGCGGAGAGAGGUAAAGGAGGCGGAGCGGCAGAGGAAGAAGGUUGCAAAGCGGUACGCUAAGAAUGCAGCCAAGGAUAAGGACAAGGAAAGGAAAGCUCAGCAACGUGCUGAGAAGAAUGCCAAAAAGCACUCAAAGAAAGUUCACUCCCCGGAAACAUCAAGCAGCGGUCGUGAGACGCUGACGACAGAGUCCAUGUCUGACCACGCGAAUGAGCAAGGCAAAAAGCCGAUUUGUGGUAAGCAACAAUUUAAAGAAAAAACAAACGCUUCGUCUUGCUUAGAUGAGGCUGUAGACAACCCCCAAUUGUCUGCUUCGUCCGACUACUACUCCGCCAGCUCGUCCAGUCACGACCCGACCCACCCUGGAUGUUUCCUCCCCGUCCAGACGACCAGUCCCAGCCAUCGCAGAGUAACCACCACACCCAUUGGAGGUUCUCUUGACAGUCAGUCCGCUGAUGCCGUCCCGAGCGUAGAGGACCCAGUGAGCACUGACGAUGUAGUAGGAAUGUCGUAUCGAUCUGAGCGCCAUUCCCCCGUCACGGUGCAUCGACAAUCCAGAGCGUCAUCCCCUUCCCCGUCGUCGUCAUCCGUGACGAGGGCGUCGCCAGCUGGUACGAGGACCCCCCGCCCACCCAGCGGCCACCCACGUACGGAUAAUAUACCGUCGUCGAGAGCACGCCCACCGCCAUGGCGUGCUGUUCAGGCUGGAAAUAACAACUUGGACAACAACCAAGGUCACUAUUCACGCUAUGGAGAAAAAGACGUCAACGCCAACUUGCGCGUCAAAUCCCCGCCGAGUAAGCCACAACACCAAACGCGACAGCAGCCCGUUCGUGCAGUACACCCACAAACCGAGGUUACAUCGCAUAAUCCACCGUUUUCUCGUCGACAGCUGACUAGUCGCCGUAUCCGCAGCAUUGAGGAUCUUUCCGAUGGCGUUGAUAAUCUGCAGUUUGAGGAUACGUCCGGGUCUCUGUCGCCUGGGUCAUCGACUGCUAGCAGACGCUCCAGUUAUAGUUUGGGUCAAAGGGCAAGGGUCGGCUCCGCCGACCUUAAAUGUCCACCCAUCCCUGGAGCCUCUCCUCCAGAGAGAGCUAGCCACGUCAAGGUGACAGGACGCGGUUCAGGUACUUACUCGAGCAGUUAUGAGCCAACUUUUGCCAACACCUACUCCGCACAACCUUCAGCAUCCGCCACCCCGAUCCCAUCGGUAUCUCGCAAUGCCUCCAUGAUGCAGGAGCGAUCAGUCAGCGAGAUCACCACCGUGGCCCGGACGAAAGCGAAGCUGCAGGAAAGAUCAAACAGCGAGGGAGACAAGGAUCGGAAGUUGGUCCGACAGUCGCGCUUCAGCUCAGCAGCUCAGCACUCUGUUCUUGGCACCGGAAGAACAGGAAACAACUCCAGCGGCUUUGACAAAGGAGGCUUGGUUGGUCUGAUCAAUUUGGGCAACACCUGCUACAUGAAUUCCAUCUUGCAGUGUCUUGCCCAGAUCGGAGAGUUGAAGGAUUACCUCCUCUCUGGUGACUAUCUGAGAGACAUCAAUCGCAAAUCGGCCGGUGAGGGAAACCUCAUCAAAGGAUUUGCGGAUUUAAUGAAGCAGCUGUGGGAGCCCAAGAAGAGAGAGUCUGUAGCACCCAGCAAGCUUCAUCUAGCCUUUCAGAAAAUCUCCAAGCAGUUCCGUGGAAGCAAGCAGCAAGAUGCACAGGAGUUCCUCCGUUACCUACUGAGUGAACUUCAUGAUGAGACCAACACUGCUGCUGGCGGCAAGAGAUCUAAAGAGGCUGACGUUCCUGAUGAUAUCUCUGAGGAGGAGAAGGCCGAGAUCUACUGGGACCGCUACCGCGCCCGGGAUAACUCUAUCUUCUCUCGUAUCUUUGUGGGUCAACUCAAGAGCACCUUGGAAUGUCAAACCUGCAAGAGUCGCUCCGUGACCUUUGACAUCUUCUGGGAUCUCUCAGUUCCUGUACCAGAGAGGAAAGGAGGCGGUUUCCAGAGACGGACCAGCUGGGAUCGGGAGAACCCUGACUCCUUUGACAUCAAGGACUGUCUGAAUAAGUUCACUGAAGCCGAGGUACUGGAUGGUGAAAACAUGGUGACAUGUGACAAAUGCAAAAAGAAGUGUCCAUUCAUCAAAUGGUUUUCAAUCCAGCGCUUUCCAAAACAUCUUGUGCUUCAUCUGAAAAGAUUCAGCGGUCUGCGCUCCAAGUUGACCACUCACAUCAACUUUCCUGUACAGGGUCUGGACAUGACAAAGUACUGCUCGGAAACAACAGGUAAGGGAGAUUUGAACCGUAGACAUGGGGACUACAAUCUGGGCGGAGUCUCGCAACAUUCAGGAUCAAUGUUGGGGGGUCACUACAUCGCAUAUGCCAAGCAUUUGAGCACCAGCAAGUGGCAUAUAUAUGACGAUAGUAGGGUUGACACUAUCACCGAGACCAAUGUUCCGAGUUCCUAUGCAUACGUUCUCUUCUACCAACAAGCCAUGGAAGAGGAGUAAGCCAAAGAACAAUAGCCACAUCUUGCCAAGCGAGGGGGUGAGAGCGAGAGAAAUUAUCACCACCUCUAUAUAAUAAGUCAGUAAUCAUCAUCUCUAAAAACCCACCUGUUUUUUUAACUUUGUAUUCAUUUCAUUCACCAAAUUCAUUCACCAAUUCUUAAUUAACUCACCUGGUAUUAAUUAGUCAUCUAUUGUUUUCAUCACUAAUUAGUCUUGCAGAACACCUGUUGCUUAUUGGUCACAACAUCACUUGUGAUCAAUUAGUCAUUUAUAAAAAUUAUAGUCGUCACUUUCACCAAUUAAUUAGUCGGGAUAAAUUUCAUCCACUGUGCCAACUCUCUCUCGCUCCCCUCUCUUGUAUGCCUCACCCCUCUGGCAUCAAAUGGAGGAGUCCACACCAUUCAUCGUGGGCAAAUCCACUCUUCUGAGGGGGAGGUAUAUUGAAUUAUUUAAGAUACUUUUUAUAUGAAACAGAUAAUCAACCUCUAUCGAGAAGCGAUACAUUCUUAAUUUUGGGGAAUUAAGAAAUGUGUUUGUGUUUUUUAUGUCGGGGGGCAAAACUCGAUGGAGGUUUUAUUGUAAAUCAUUUUUAAUCUAAGUAUUUUAAAUAUUCACAUGGUAUUCAAUUGUUUUAGUUUUAAAGACCUAUACCCAGAUAUCAAAUGCGUGUAGCCAAUCAAACAAAAAAUACUCAACAAAAAAAUCUGAUGUUCCUGGAGUUUUUUGCAAGUACGAUCUGCAAUGAAUGUCCUGUCGUAGAGCUUGUCAUACAGUCUGCACAGCCAAGGACCUCACUUGUGUACAGGCUGUUGUUCUAUAUCAAAAUGUUCUUUUGAAAACUCUACGUAGGAUAGUCGAAUGAAAUCGGUUGUCAGUCUUAAGAAGGUCACAGGUCAAAGUGGACCAUUAUUGAUCAGGGGAUUUCUGCGGUUGGGGCGAUUAGUUUUUGUUUCUGAUGGGGUGUUUGUAUGUUCUGUCUCUGGGGGGAGCAAGUGACAAUUGCGUCAAACUUCACAGUUUGUCGCCCGGUCACUUUCUUGUUGUUAACAUCCUCAAGCCUUUUAGAACUCGCAAUCUAAAUUUAGAUUGCCUCUCUAUUGGGUCUAUUCGGAUGUUUGUCCUUGGUUCGCUGUUCACCCCAUCACAGUUUUAAACAAAAAUGUGGAAAUAUGGCUCCCAUUCUGCAUUUGUCUGUGACCUUUUGACCUGAGAACAAUGAUUGACAAGGCCUAGGUACCUCCAGGAAUAUCGCCAAAAAAAAUGAAAAUGUGAAAGUUUCAAAAUACAGAGUAAUGAGUUUAGGAAAAAUUAGGUAUUGGGAACAGAAAAGACCAUUUUUCACCCUUUGCCAUUUUUGUUGUUAUUAUCAGGAUUCAACAUCACCUUGAUCUCACUUGACCAUCGAAAAAGAUCUUGAUUCCUCAAAUUGCUUAAUAAGGUCAUGGGUCAAUAUGAGGUCAAAGGUCAUUCCUAGAGUAACCCUUUAUCGUUAUUGGAAGUCGAUCAGUUUUUGAAGCCCUCACAUUUCAGCUCUUUUUGUCUGUCUUCAUUUUGUCCAAUUGUUUCUUCGUCUGUCUAAUCAUUUCAUCCAUAGAUAGUUAAAAUAAGUUUAAAGCCGUCUGGAAAUUAGUUUGCCCGCGAAGUCCCUCUCUGAUGUUGGAUGGGCCAGAGGCGAUGCAUAGUUCUCUUUAACCAACAGUUCUUCCUUACUUUCCGUUAUUUUUUGUUGUCGUUAUUCAACUGCUUGGGAGACGACUAUAAGUGAAACAUUCACCAAGCGUUCUGUAUUUCAUAUCAGCAGACUGGUUUCAUGCUGUUCAAUCAUGCCAUUUGUGUAGUGGAUGGAUUAGAUAAGAUCAAUAGAAGAGUGGGUACCAGACUCAAUGUAAAGGCACCUGGCUGUGUCAGCCAUUUUGCUCGGCAUGGAGCCGAGAAAAUGACAGCCAGAUAGCAUAAGAUCUAGUGAUUGGAGUCUGGGUACUGGAUAUUAUAGUUCCACUACAUGGUGUGAUUGGGCAGGCUUUUCCUUUUACGUUGUUGAUUUCUGUCUGUUGCCAUGGAUACAGUUCUGACCGUGUGAAUGCCAUGGACGAGUAGUUCCUGAUAAAUGGGUAUGCAUUUAGUUUCUGACUGAGUUUCAGAAUGGUCAUAGUUUAGUUUUUAAGUAAUAAUUUUAAUGAUUUAUAAUCAUUAAAAAACAAAACAAAAAAAAAGG